AUGCAUACAGAAAUAGGGCUGAAGAAAUCCAAGAGCUUUGAGAAGAUGAUCAGUGGGAUGUACCUGGGGGAAAUAGUUCGGCUGGUGCUCUUGGAUCUGACGAAGGAGAAGCUGCUCUCUAAAGGGGAGGUGUCGGAGGCUCUGACUACUCCAGGAAAGUUUGAGACAAAGUUCAUCUCCGAGAUUGAGGAGCCGGACAAUGGUCUGGAAAAUGCCAAAAAGAUUCUGACCGAACUGGAUCUGAAGUGGGAUCUGGUUGACGCCCGCGUGGUGCGACUUGUCUGUGACACCAUCUCCUCACGCUCUGCUCGUCUCUGUGCGGCUGCAUUGGCAACUAUUGCCAAACGUAUUUGUGACAACCGAGGGCUGGAACAUCUGAAGACCACCGUAGGGGUCGAUGGAACGGUGUACAGAAAACACCCCAACUUCAGCGAUGAGUUCCAGGAAGUGGUGCACCUCCUCGCCCCCAAAUGCGAAAUCAAGUUUCUCGUCUCGGAGGACGGAAGUGGAAAAGGUGCUGCCAUGGUUAUGGCUGUGGCUCAGAGGCUGGCUCUGACGUCGCGGCUAUUAGAGGACACCAGCAGUGAUGACAAAGAGGAAGAGGAGGAGGAGAAGGAGAACAUGGAAGAUAAAUGA